UUGCAGGUGUACACAAAGACGACAAAGCGGAAGUGAGCGGAUCUCAACAAGGCAGGGCAGCGAGAGCCUGCAAGGAGCUACCACGAUGUCGAACAAUGACGAAACCCGCUAUUGUCACAGAUUCUCCUACUUGGUGCUCAAAUUUAUCCUCUUUUCCUACGCCAUCGCUUGGUGGCUGAUAGGCAGCAUGAUCCUGGCGAUAGGUAUAUAUGCUGAAGUGGAGAGGCAGCGCUACAAGACUCUGGAGGGGCUGUUUCUGGCCCCUGCUCUGAUCCUCAUCCUCCUGGGAAUUGUCAUGUUCAUCGUUUCUCUCAUUGGCGUGUUGGCAUCACUCAGGGAUAAUCUCGUUUUUCUCAAGGUGUUCAUGUACACACUGGUGGUGUGCCUCAUCCUGGAGUUGCUGGGAGGAAUUUUGGCACUCGUGUUCCGUAACCAGACAGUGGAUAUAUUAAACAAGAACAUACGAAGAGGCAUAGUUAACUACUACGAUGACUUGGACUUCAAAAACAUCAUGGACUCCGUUCAGACCAAGUUUAAAUGUUGCGGUGGGCAAGGGUUUCAAGACUGGUCGGUCAACAUGUACCACAACUGUUCUGCACGGGGUCCACUGUCCUGUGGAGUGCCUUAUACCUGCUGCAUCACGAAGUCACUUGAAGUAGCAAACACAUUGUGCGGCUACAAAGUAUUGGAACAAGAGCGCUUGGACCUGAUAGACACCAUCCACAUUAGAGGCUGCACCGACGCCUUCUUCAUUUGGCUCACGGACAACUACAAGAUUAUGGCAGGACUGCUUCUCGGGAUCCUGCUGCCUCAGUUCUUUGGCGUAGCAAUCAGCUGGUUGUACAUCACCCGGGUGGAAGACGCCAUCAGCGAGUAUGGUCACUACACGGACGGCCUCCUGGACUCCAACGCGCAAGGCAGGCACGUCAAAAGGCAGGGCCGAAUGGCCAAGUGGUUUAUGUGUAUGCCUGAGAUUGACUGAAGAGCAGUGAGCUGGCAGCUGAUGCUCAAUUGAAAACCCCCACUCAGGCAAGCAAUUUCAUCUCAGACUCAAAUCAAAUCAAGUCAACAGAACUGAUUUCCUCUCACCACUCAGGGACAAACACCAUAAAGUGGCACACUGAACGAAUCGAGACUUCUCCCUCUACCCGUAGAGCUCUUGAAGUACAGUGUUACUUCGCUUAUCAUUGCAACACCAAGCGGCACAUGCAAAAUUUCAUACUAUUUCAACAAAUAUGCAACGCCACAACGCCUCAGCCGCUCAUCUCAUCAGUUGAGCCGAGAUCUGAAAACACCCUGAGGAUCUCAGGGUCAUAAAGGGAAAAACAUUUUUUGUAUAUUACUAUUUAUUGCGUGAACUUGUAGGAAUGCUAAAUUGUUUUCCUUUGCACCCCCCCCCCCCCAUUGCACAUCCACACAGUGUUGUGUGUCCAUGUCUUGACUUGAUGCCCGCAGUUCUGGUUAUCUGUAAGUGACCAAGAUGAAGUAUAUUAGGGAUAAUAUUUGGGAAUAUUAAUAUACGAGACUGGGUUUUAAAAUUGUGCUCCUCUACCACUGAACCUGUGUGAUAAGUGAAAACAAAGCAGUGUGACUUUUAAAUGGGCUCUCUUUUAAAUCCGUGAAAGUACUUGGAUUAAAUUGCAAGGUUACAAUUGCAUUAACUGGAAGAGUGCUUCUCAAACUUUUUACAAUUACUUUUGGUCUCCAAGUACCACCAUCACCAUUAUUAUUGCAAGCUAAUUAAAUACAAUU